AUGUACUAUGUUCCACCCACGGGUGAAGUGGUCUGGUCAGUCCAACGUUUCUUCGAAGCUUGUCACCCGGAACGAGCAGCAAGGAACUAUUUCACACUCCUUCAGAAAAUCGAGAACGCUUUGCUGCGUAUCUUUUCAAAGAUCUUCCCGGAAGCAGAACCUCCUCCCUGGGCAGCAACGUGGUCCUAUACUAGUUGA